AAAUUUCUGCCUAUUACUUCUGGGGGCGGAUCUUUGUAAUACACUCACAGGCUAUGUGCCACAUUUAGUGGAGAUCACAUUCGAAUGGAAAGCGAUGUCUGUGGCUACCGUUUGUCACAUCCGGUUUGUCACAUCCGGGUUUGUAGUGUCACGUGACAUUUCCCCAGGGUAUCGCACGUGGGACGUUUUGGAAGGCAGCGAGUUUUUGUUUUUGCAGUGUGGACCGUAUUACCAAAACAGUUCUUCAAAGUGCCUUACACGGUUCUUUGGAAUUGUACGUUUUAUUGUACCCCCUUGGGUACGUUGAUAUUAAAGACCAGCUUACGGAAGCUACAAUGUCUGCAUGUCUGCUUAUACAAAUGUAUAUUUUUAUUCAUGUUACUUUGUCUGCCUUUUGUCUGCCCUUUUGCCUGCCUUUUUCAAAAUCUUUAUCAUUUUAAAAGUUGAAGUGUUGCAUCAAAGUAGACUACUAGUAGUCCCUCUUCCGCUUAGUCCGUCGAGGGAGACCGUAAAUAAACCGCGAGGAAAAUUUGGCCGCGUGAAAUCCUGGGGACGACACGCGCUUCUCGCCCCCCAGGAAUUCGCGCGGCCAUUUUUUCUCGCGGUUUUCUCACGCGUCACGCAGGAUGGAUUAAGCGAAAGAACGUAGUCUACAUCAAAGCAAACCCUACUCGCAUGAACCGAAGAAAGGACUUUUGGUUGAUGUUUCCAAUCGGGUCUGCACCCGAAAAAAGAGCGCGAGCAAGAUAGAUUCAGUUGUUGUUGUUGCUGCAUUGUAUUAGCCAAGCACUCUGUUGGCCUUGGAUACAACGUAGUCUAUGUGUGGGUUCCAUGAUAAGCGUUGAUUAGUAAUAAUCCCUAAUAUUCGAUUCGUUGUCAUCUCAUUGUCAUUGUCAUUGUCAUCUCAUUGUCAUUCAUUGAGAUUGUGGUCACUUCGUCGCACAAUUCAUUGUCAUCUCCCGCUGACCGAUAGAUUUGCAGUCUCGUGGUUAGGUGAUAAGAGAUGAUGAACUCUGGGGAAUGGGGACGAGAAUAGAAAGACGAUUUUGUUUUCCUCAAUGCCUGAGUUUUGUCGUUAGUUUGAGUGCUAUCUUGACUCUUUUUAUAAGUGAUUUCGUGUUUGUGAUGUGUUUUUUUCAGCGGGGAUGACUGCACAAAUUACGCCGCGAAGUAGAAGUGACCAUGGUGAUGUCUGAUGCUUUCAGCAAUUUUCAAUUUCCGAAACUUACUCACUAGCGACUCACUUGGAAACGUGUUAGAUUAUGUUCAUAGGGCUACAAAUUGCGAUCCUUAGCAGCUUCAACAUUGUAGCUAAUGGGUCCUAAUGAAAUUUUAUGGCCAAGCAGCUAAAUCAACGCCGGUAGAAACGACGUUUGUUUGAGUCAACAAGCUUGUAUGGUGUGCUAUGUGGCAAACAAUAAGCUUACUGUAGCUCUGGACCAGCACAAAGUGAGGAUGGCCUCUUCAAGGUCGACAGUAAACUUUUGUUCCGGACACAUGCAAUUUAAGAAAUUGCUGCUUUACCUAUGUGUUGCUGCCUGGUUUGCUAUUUUCUUUUUGUCAGGGAAAUUGUUUUUGCGGAGGAGAGAGGAGUCAUCGAUACUACAGUUGGAAGCACUAAGUUCCUUCCAAGAACAAAUUGAUAAUUUAAGUUCCAAAGUGAAUGAAGACAAGAAUUCUGCAAAUGAUGUGGUAAGGACUCUCCAUGAAACCAUCAACUUGACUUUUUCAAGUUUAGAUCAAAAGGUUGAUGGCUUAGCAAAGGAAUUUUCAGAACGACGUCACAGGGCCAUGGAAGCUCUGCAUGCUUUAAAUGGAGGAAUGGUCCCCACUGUUGGAGAGGAAACAAUAGAAGAUGUAGUGACAUGGAGUGCACUUCAAGAGAAUGAAACAAAGGAUGAAACACCUGUAAUGCCAAGUGUGCCACCAAGAAAAAAUGAGGUGAAGUCAAGAGCUAAUGGAAUGUGCAUUGAUUCAAUGGAACAACCAAUAGGCAAGGACGUGGAGUUAUAUGAAUGCCAUGGCGAAGGUGGAAAUCAGGCUUGGGGCUUCAGGGAUUCAAAUUUGUCUGGUGGUCUAAUCGAAAACAAAGUCAUCAGCAUGUGCUUAUGGGCCGUUAAUGCUUCAGAGGGAAGUCUGGUCAGAACAGCAACUUGCAAUGACAGUGACAGCCAACAGAAAUGGAAACAAGUUGAUGGCGUUGUGAUGUUGGAUGAUGGUCAAAGUGAGAGUAAAUGCCUUGAUUUUGGCGUUGUUACCAGGAAACUUAUCAUUAGACUUUGUGACAGCUCAGAGAAAUCUCAGUUUUGGACGUUUUAACAUCAAAACCUAAAGGAAGCUGUAUUUCUUUGUUUGGCGUGUUAAGACCGGUCUCGAAAGGCUAGGAGUAUGUCUACAAUCUCGUCUCCAGAGCCCCCGCGGUUUUGGGCGUCGGUGAUCGAACUCCCUUAGCACGCUAGCUCUAGGCAAACCUCAGAGAAUCCUGGUUUCUGAUGCGCAUGCGUCCAAAUAAAAAACGGUAUCUGAACAUUCGUAGAGAAAGAGCAACCGCUGUGACUAAUGCUUGCUCGCCUUCCGAUCUCGCCCAGAGAUCUUGGUGCUGAACGAAAGACUAGUGACGUCUGGGAACAAGAUUGGUCUAAGACCUUAAACCCACAGUUUUGGCCAGCGAAGUUACUAAACAGCACUAUGUAUCUUCGUGGCACCGUCAAGCUGACUUAAAAAUGCUUCCUCGUUCCCAGUCUCAUGUUUUCGGUGUCGACGUUCGAAACUUGCUUCCAAAUGCCCAGAUGUUUUCGAAAGUUUGUUGUAACUUAAUUAAACUUAUUUAAGACAAAAGGGAAAUUGUAAACAAGAAUUCAUCAACAAAGAAAUAAUAAAGAUUCAGAAACUCGA